UGCAUCGCUUAUCUUAUCAUCCAUAGUUCAUCGGCGUUGCCCACCUAAGACACUUCCAUAGAGAUGAUCGUACCUAGGUUUAAUUUCGUCGCGACGCGUUGCAGCGCAUCGCCGUCGCGUUCCCGUCGUCCACGCAAGCCACGUCGUUAAUAAUGUCACUUUUUAUGCAAAUAAAAUGAAACUAACUGAUAGUUAUAGUUUCAGCAUGAACUGCGUCCCUAUAUGUGAUCCUCCAUGCGGCGAUAACGGCACUUGCAUAAAGCCAGAUAUAUGUAAGUGUGACUCUGGAUAUCAACUUGACAAAAAAAGUAAUCCAAUGUGCAUCGCGAACUGCAAAACUCCCUGUGGAAAUGGAACUUGCAUAGGCAGAGACGAAUGUAGUUGCGCGAAAGGUUACAAGUUCGAUAAAUACCAUAACCCAAUGUGUGUACCACAGUGCGAAAGAAAUUGUGGACAUGGAUCUUGCAUUGCUCCAAAUGAAUGCAUGUGUAAUGCAAGAUAUACAUUUGACUAUAAAAGUAAUCCAAUGUGCGUACCAAAUUGUAAAACUGAAUGUGGCAAUGGGACUUGCAUAGUACCAGAUGAAUGCACGUGUGAUAUUGGAUAUGAAAUAGAUUACAGCAAAAGCCCAAUAUGUGUACCAAAAUGUAAAAAUGAAUGUGGUGAAGGAACUUGUGUAGAUUCAAACGAAUGUAAUUGUAAAAAAGGUUACACAUUUGAAAAAUACCAUAACCCAAUGUGUGUACCACAGUGCGACACAGAAUGUGGACAGGGGUCUUGCAUUGCGCCAAAUCUAUGCAUGUGCAAUGCAGGAUAUACAUUUGAUAAUAAUAGUAACCCAAUGUGCGUACCAAAUUGUAAAACUGAAUGUGGCAAUGGGACUUGCAUAGCACCAGAUAUAUGCAAAUGUGAUAUGGGAUAUGAAUUAGACUACAGCAAAAGCCCAAUAUGUGUACCAAAAUGUAAAAAUGAAUGUGGUGAAGGAACUUGUGUAGCUUCAAACGAAUGUAAUUGUAAAAAAGGUUACACAUUUGAAAAAUACCAUAACCCAAUGUGUGUACCACAGUGCGACACAGAAUGUGGACAGGGGUCUUGCAUUGCGCCAAAUCUAUGCAUGUGUAAUGCAGGAUAUACAUUUGAUAAUAAUAGUAACCCAAUGUGCGUACCAAAUUGUAAAACUGAAUGUGGCAAUGGGACUUGCAUAGCACCAGAUAUAUGCAAAUGUGACAUGGGAUAUGAAUUAGACUACAGCAAAAGCCCAAUGUGUGUACCAAAAUGUAAAAAUGAAUGUGGUGAAGGAACUUGUGUAGCUUCAGACGAAUGCGAUUGUAAAAAAGGUUACAAAUUUGAAAUAUACCAUAACCCAAUGUGUGUACCACAGUGCGAAACAGAAUGUGGACAAGGGUCUUGCAUUGCGCCAAAUCUAUGCAUGUGUAAUGCAGGAUAUACAUUUGACAAUAAAAGUAACCCAAUGUGCGUAUCAAAUUGUAAAACUGAAUGUGGCAAUGGGACUUGCAUAGCACCAGAUGUAUGCACGUGUGAUAUUGGAUAUGAAAUAGAUUACAGCAAAAGCCCAAUGUGUGUACCAAAAUGUGAAAAUAAAUGUGGUGAAGGGAAUUGUGUCGCUGUAAAUGAAUGUGAAUGUCAUGAAGGAUACAAAUAUAACAAAGAUAAUAUUCCAAUGUGUAUGCCACAGUGUAAUAUUGCGUGUGGCAAUGGAACUUGCAUAGCACCCAAUGAAUGUAUCUGUGCAAAAGGUUACAAUUUAGAUAAAAAACAAAGCCCGAUGUGCGUACCCCAGUGCGAUAUCGCAUGUGAAAAUGGGUUUUGUAUUGGUACCAAUCGAUGUCAAUGCAAUACAGGAUACAAAUUAAAUGAAGAUUCCACGUGUGUACCACAAUGCACUAAUGAAUGUGAAAAUGGUACAUGUAUAUCACCAAAUGAAUGUAAAUGUGACGUAGGAUUUAAAUUAGAUGAGAAGAAUAAAUGCGUAUCCCAAUGUGAUACCGAAUGUGGCCAUGGAGUUUGUAUAGCACCUAGUAAAUGUUUAUGUAACGCAGGAUAUAAAUCUAACAAUAAUAGUAAUCCAAUAUGCGUACCUGAAUGUUAUUCAGAUUGUGGAAACGGGUCUUGCGUAGCACCAAAUAAAUGUAAAUGUAAUGCAGGUUAUGAAUUAGAUAAAAAUAGUAGCCCAAUGUGUGUGCCACAAUGCGAAAUCGAUUGUGGCAAUGGCACUUGCACAUCACAUAAUAAUUGUGAAUGUGACUCCGGUUAUAAAAUCUCCAAGGAAAACAACCCGAUGUGUGAACCGAUAUGUUAUAACGAUUGUGGAAAUGGUUCUUGCGUAGCACCAAAUAAAUGCGAAUGUCAUAAUGGUUACAUCUUUGAUAAAGAAAAAAAUACAUGUAUACCGCAAUGUGAUACCAUAUGUGCAAAUGGAUACUGUGUGGCGCCCAAUUUAUGUGAAUGUUUUAAGGGCUAUAAAAGUAGCAAAGACAAAACGUUGAAUUGUGUUCCUGAUUGUGGUAUAUGUGAAGGACGUUGUAUCGCACCAGACAAAUGUGAAUGCGAUCCACCUUUGAUAACAGCACAUGUUACUGUCGAUGGUAAAGAUUGUAAUGAUAAUACUUCUGAAUGCAAACGUAUUAUUUGUAAAACUGAUGACAAUACAACGACUACUAAGAAACUCAUCUCUUCUACAGAAAAAUAUGUCAUUACAGAUAAGCAUGACAUUGUUGACAAAAAAGACAAUAACACCAAACUGCCUGAUCAUAAGAUCAUCAAAAGUAAACUUUAUGAAAAAGCGAGUAAGGAAAAUCACACAGAAAUUAGCAUAAUUAGCAAUGUAACUAAGUCCAAUAGUGACCAUGGUUCCAAAUAUAACUAUUAUGACGACGACAGUUCGACAACAGCCACAGUAUCUAAUAAAGUUGUAGGAAAACAUAUGAAAAAACAGAAACAGGAAAGCAAAUAUUGGACUCAAUCAGGCUGGAUAUACCUACCAAUAGUUGGCGUCGUUGGUUCCAUACUAGUUGCAACAGUGAAACUUUUGCAAAAAUGGCUAUAAAGAAAAUUAUAACCCGGUACAUAAUUCUCCUUUACGUUAUAUACUUAUGUACGAGUAUAUGAGUCAUUAGUUACUCGAAAAUAAACCAUUUCCUUUCA